AUGGCGAACGUUUCAUCGUCGGAUUUGGUCCAGUUAAUGGAACGAUGGUGGGCAUCGUCUAGUGUGACUACUACUGCCUCAGCGUCUAUCGCGGCGCUCGCCUUGGCUGCGUACUGCUACCCGUCAUUCACCCAAGACUCAAAGACGAUCCGCCACGUUGGACGCUUGCCGCUUGUCACCGCGUGGACGUUCUUCAGCAAACGCUAUGACUUCCUCAUGUCGUCCUUCCGCGAGACAGGAUCCAACAUUUUCAAGUUCAAUGUACUGCAUCACCAGGUCGUCGCUUUGCAAGGAGAGGAAGGCCGCAAGGUUUUCUUCAAUGACAAGAGUCUUGACUUCACCGAGGGAUAUAGGAUUCUGAUGGGCGGGGCCCCUCGUUUGGAAGAGAUCGACAAGGCCGGAGAGGGUACCGACGACGUAUCAUGGUUCAACAAGCAUCUUGCUACCCUCUUACGCAAGGAGCGCUUGGCCGACGGCAAGUACACCUUCUCGCGAUAA